GUUCCGGUAUGACUCACGCUAAAACGAGGCUGUUUGAUUUUGAUAGUAAACCCCCGAUCUGCUUUCGAAUACUUAAAGUGGUUCUAAAGCAACUAUCUUUUUUUUUUAGAACUAAACCUCGUGUCAUCAAACUUAAGCUUCUUUUUUGAAUUUCUCAGAGACUCUGGCCAAGUUCGCAAUACCUAUCAGAAUACAUCUCUGUCGAUACAGUACAAAUAAACCUCUUCACAAUGGCACAAACCAACGAUUCCUCUGCCCCCUUAGAAUGGGUCACAGUUAAAACAACCUUGCCAAAAGCAUACCCAGCCAUGUCAACUCGGGAGCCUAUCCGAAGUGAGCGCCUAAUCCUCCGGCCAUAUACCGCAACAGACGUCAAGGACUUUCACCUCCUCCGUCUACAGCCGGAAGUCAUGAAGUGGACGGGGCAGGGCAGGCCAGACAAAGAUUUGGAAGAGACGACAAAGUGCCUGGAAAACAGGCUACCAGGCUCAGCCAGCGGCGAAUCCGCAUAUGAAUUCGCCAUCUGCUUGGCAGAGACAGGAGAGAUGAUUGGCACCGGCGGAAGCCACAUGCGAGUCGGCGAGCUUGGUUGGCCUGUAAUUGGAUACAUGAUUCGAUCCGAAUUCUGGGGUAAAGGCCUCGCAACAGAACUCAUGACCACCUUCUUGAAAGCCUACUGGGCGCUUCCUCGAGAAGAAGUCGAUGUCAAGGUGGAGAAGAGCACGAUAGUAGGCAACGAGACCGACGUACAGCCAGAGCACAUCACAGCGAUUACGGCACCUGACAAUGGGGCAAGUCAAAACGUUCUAGCGAAACUUGGAUUCAAACUGGCUAGGCUAUUCGAAGAAGAAGACGCUGAUGCUCCGGGCGUUAAGGAGCUCUUGCAUGGAUAUGCGAUGCAAAGGCCGCAGGUGUAAGAGGAUGUAUGUAUGUAUGAUAUGCAUGGGUGGUGGUGCUAGAUACCCGGCUCGCUUUUGUAAAUUAGAAGAGAAGCGUCUGCAAUUUAGCGAUACAGAAUAGAUACGGUGAUAGAAGUAAUAGAACCGAUUGCUUGAGGCAGA